AUGACCCCCGCCACCCCCUCCCACGCGACCGCCCCUCGCCCCGACAAGCACUCCGCGCCGCGGCGCGCGGCGGGGCGGCUGCUGUCUGCGGCAGUGAAACCUGACUGGGUGGUGCCGCUGGCCGCCCAGAUCGGGACGAGCAGCUUCUUCGUGCCGCUGGGCGUUGUGGGGCAGACGCUGGUCCCGUCGUUCGUGAGAGACCUUGACGCCACGCUUCCGAUGGCCCUGUGGAACCUGCAGGACUUCCGGGGAGGGACGUACUCAGUGGUGGACGGCGGGGGCGCGGACACCAACGGCAUCACGCCGCUGCUGCGGCGGCGCACGCGUGCCAUCAUUGCCUGCGUCGCCAACGCCCACCCGAUCGGGCCCGGCUCGGACGCCCAAACCUUUGCCGCCCGCCAAUACGAUGUGUUCCCUGUAGGCGGCUACCCGCGGCUGUACGCCGCGGCCGCCGCCGCCGCCGCGUCGGGCGGCCCCGCGCUGCACCUGGACUGGUACACAACGCUGCCCAACGCAUACCACGCCGUCGCCGGCGGAUGGAACGUCACUGUCCUGUGGAUCUUCAACUCGCGCGCCGCGCAGUGGGAGGCGGCCCUGCCGCCCGGCGUCGCCGCCAGGCUGGCGCAGGUGUCCGCUGGCAACGGGACCUCCCGUUGA